AUAACGUUUUUUUCCCACUUAUUCGAAUCCGCCCCUGGGGGAUAUUCAGUACCAAUCGGAGUAUCCUCAUCAAGAACCAGUAGUGUUUAAAUUUCUCUUCUUCGCUCACGUCAAUUCUACCAUGUCGAGCUGACAAACUGAUACUUUUCCUAAUUCACGGGAUUCUCUGACGUCAUAUGCGUGCUUCCUUUUCUUAUCAGACGAAUGUUAUUACAUGCUCAAAUACGAUUUACCCAGAUUUAUCAUAUUUGCUUAGUGUUUCCGAAUGUUUAUAUUAAAUUCUUCGGCUGAAAUCAACGUACCCAGUUCUGCCUCCAGUGCUGUCUAUUGACGUUGAUCUAUCUGGUGAAAAGCCUACUGUCAGUUCGCUUUGAAUAAAGCAACAAGUGAUUCCAUUGAGUGAAAUACAGAUCCAAGAUUCUUCUAUUCAAGAGUACUUGUUAACCAGAGCAUCAACAAGACACAACAUGUCCAAGGAAGCGAAGAGUAUGAUAUGGGACUAUUUAGUCUUCAUAAUAUUCGUUAUAGCGAGUUCUUUCGUGGCAGUGUAUUCAAGAUUUUUUGGUCCGAAAGAAAAAACGAAGGCUGAUUAUGUUUUUGCCGCAGGAAAAGUGUCAAUGGCUGCCAUGAUGCUAAGUAUAGCCAGAGGAACACUAGGAGUACGAUCGUUCUUAGGUUAUCCUUCGGAGCUCUUCUACAGGGGAUGCACCAUGUGGGAGACCCUAUACGGGAUGGUGCUGGCCUACCCCAUAGUGUGCUUCAUUUUCGUCCCAGUUUACUUCAGCCUCGGCAUAACGUCAGUAUAUCAAUACUUGGAUCUUCGAUUUAAAUCACGCCUCGUGAGAUGUCUGGCCUCAGGCACAUAUAUCGUGAGACAGCUGCUCAACCAGGGAGUCACAGUAUUCACGCCCUGUGUGGCACUCAACACUGUUAUUGGAAUUCCUUACUGGGCAUCCAUCUUCGGAAUCACGGUUGUCAGCGUUAUUUUCACUCUGCUGGGAGGCUUGAAGGCAGCAAUCCUAGCAGAUGUUAUGCAAGGAUUAACAAUGAUCGCAGUGAGCGUUGCAAUAAUAUUUCAAGGCACUAUUGAGGCAGGCGGAGUGAGCGAGGUUUUCCACACGAACAAGGAGGAUGGUAGGCUUGAAUUCCUCAACUUCGAUAUGGAUCCAACUCUAAGGGUGACCACAACCUCUGCCCUCGUUGGACAACUCUUCAUGUCCCUCUCAAUAUUCGGCUGCCAGCAGAACUUCGUACAAAGAUACUGCAGUAUGGACUCGCAGAAAAAAGUAACAAAAACCCUGAUGUUCAAUAUCCCUGUGAUCACGGUCCUCUUCAGUUUAUCCUGGGUGGUUGGCAUGGUGAUCUACGCAACCUACGCCAGCUGUGAUCCUCUGUCGUCCGGAUACAUAGAGAAAUAUGACGAAAUCCUUCCUUUCUUCGUCGAGGAUAGAUUCAACUACCUGCCCGGCAUUUUGGGUCUUUUUAUGGCCAGCCUCUUCAACGGAGCACUCAGUCUGAACGUAUCGAAUUUGAAUUCUCUGGCUACAGUCACCUUCGAGGACUUCCUGCGUCCCAUACCCUAUCUCAAAGGGUUGAAGGAUUCGCACCAGUUGUACGCUAUCAAAGCCAUCGGAGUGGUGUAUGGAUUCGUUAUCAUGGGGAUAGCCUUUGGCGUUGGCCUCCUGGACGGUGUUAUCGAGUCCUCUAUGCUGGUCACUUCAGCCACUUCGGGACCUCUGCUUGGAGUCUUUUUGUUGGCUCUCCUCGUCCCAUGUGCCAACUGGAAGGGUUCCGCUGUAGGAGUCAUAACCGGACAUAUGAUCACACUGUGGAUCACCUUCAAUGGUUUCUCGAUCGAAAAACCGCCAGCACAGAUCCUUCCACUCCACGUUGAAGGAUGCACGAAUACCUCUUUCAAUCCUCACAUCCUCAAGCCUGAACACAGAGGGUUGGAAGCUUGGAACAUCCCCACCACAACGCCAUAUCCCUAUGAUCUAUACGACACCGAAGACCCGUAUGAUUUGAUCAACACGGACUUGAUCACAUCAAACCCCUUCACCCAGCUCUACUCCAUGACCUACAUGUACUACUCCUUCGUCGGCUGCUUCAUUACAGUCCUUGUGGGCUGGACGAUAUCCUACUUUACAGAGAGCAGCGAUGAUAUCUACGACGAAACCUUAGUUCACCCGAUCGCUCGCAAGAUGGCGACAAUAUUCCCGGGCAAAAAACGGAGGUAUCUGGAGAAGACGAGGACUCCAGAGGCACCACGGAGCAGCUCGAUGAAGCCCUCGGCCAGCAAUCCGAACUUCGAGAAGAAGAACGGCUUGAACGGCAGUAGCAGCAUGAGCAACUGCAACCACGAGGUCCCUAUGGAAACCCUUGAAGUUUACAAAACGAAGUUAUGAUCUUGAACUUCGAUAGAUAUUUUAGUUUGUAGUUCACAUUAGAUAUUUAUUAUUGCUGUGAUUUAUUAGCGGUUAAUUAGCAGUUUUUAAGGAUUUAACUUGAGGCCUUUCAUAGUUACAACUUGGUUGUAAUCACUCCAUUGAGAUAAGUCUAUUAAUUUAUCGAUUCACGCCCAUUCUCAGUGUUAGCUUAAGUAAUUUCCCAAGAAUAUUGUUAUCAUUAAUAUUACAAAGUAUUCUAUACACAAACGAUAAUACUCAAGAUUUAUAUUUAGUUAUUCUUCCAUCUAUUGGUACUUAUUUUAUAUCAUAUCACAUUCAUAACAAUCAAAGUAAUGUAAAAUCGAAAAAAAAUCAUAUCUCAGGGACACUCCGACUGGAUUGAGCCUAUAGUUUUUCACUUCGUACAUUUCUCAUUGCAAAUAACCCAUUUUUUAUGUAUUCCGUGUUGCGUUCGACUCUCACCGGAAAUUACCCUUUUUUAAGUUAUCUACAUCGUGAAAGAUUAACAAUAUGAAUCUUUAAUCAAUUAAUUCGUUAUACGUAUACUUACUUGUGUACAUAUUAAUAGUUAAGUAGUUAUCGAAUGACGAUGGUUUCUAGAAACUUGUGCAUUAUAUGUUAUCUAUGUUUAACGACACUAACAAUGUUUUUUUUAAUAUUAUUUAUCUAUUUUUGAUUGAAUUGUAAGAGAUCAAGUUACUCCAUUUAUAUUAAAUGUUCAAAAUAGACGCUAGGUCGUCUUGAAGAAGAAAAA